AAUCUGUGGAUUCGUCAAGCUACGGUUGGUUUCAUAGCCGCCAUCGCAAGAUCUCUCAAUAUUGCUGAUGUGCACUGCAACCUGACACCGCUCCUACUACCAUUCCUUAAAAAACCCAUCAUACAGAUUGAUAAAGAGGCUAUCAUCAUGAGCGUGCUGAAGUGCCCUGUAUCUCGAGCCGUCUACGACUACAUCCUCCGCUCCCCGAUCAUCAUCGACUUCUUCGACAACCUGACGGACCGGCAGCUGAUACGUAACCUGUGUGUUAGACCGGGUCAUAAACCAGAGUACAACGAACUAGAGAUUGGACAAAUGGCGCAGCUUCUGAGGAAACUGCAGUCACAGGGGAUGACUGAAGAAGACGAAGAUAAGCUCCUCUUUCUGAGAGAGAUCAUGUUGAAGCAGUCUAAGGCUAAGAUUGGGAUGGGCGAUCUAUCGAACCAAUCAUCGUCACCCCACGACCCCUUCACCCCAGGUCAGGUCAACCUCAGCGUCUAUCCAGCCAUUCAGAAGAAUCACGCUGACCUCAUCAAGCCACCUGACCUCAGGUCAGAGGUCACAGACAAGGCUCAAACCAAGAAGUCCAAGAAGAAGCAGAGUGCAAUAGAUCCGGCAAUGAACGAGGAAUGGAGGAGUAUGUUUGGUACAGCCGCCGACACAAAACCAAUCAAGGCCUCCCAACAGCAAACAUCCAUCAACACCCCACCCCUCCACCCCUCAGGGGGUGACCUGCCUCCCCCUCACGCCCCCGUCCAGCGCUCCGCCUCCAAGGCCGCCCCGCAGAAACCCCCCGGAGGCCAGGAUCAGACACCCCCCUCCUCCAUCCAGGUACAGCCCCAGGCUCAAGGGCAACUCAAGCAACAGCAGCAAACAGCUCAGCAACAGGCGCAACAAGGGGUGGACGCAAAGGCAGCGACUCAGAGGCAGAGUCCGACAAAGCAACAGCAAGGAAGUGGCAAGCAGGUAUCCCCAACUCAGACGGAUGCAGCACAGGGAGGGGGCAAGGGACAGAUAAACAAGGGUCUCAUGGCCAACGAACCGAUCCGUAUGUCACAGCUCCAAGCCGCAGCCGAGGGAAUACCCGUCAAAAAGCCUGUUCAGGAGUCUAAACCAGUAGCAUCACACAUCCAAGUCUCUUCUUGUCAUCUGAACCUACGAAGCCUCGUCACUCGGAAGCGAGAUCAGUAUGCCAUGGACAUCAUGCGGAAGAUGCUCAUCCACGACACCACCUUCAAUGCGAAGGCUCCGCAGUCGAAUUGGAAACCAAGAGGACUGUUGAUAGCUCAUCUUCAUGAACACAAAGGUGCUGUCAAUAGAUUACAAGUCAGCUACGAUCACACACUCUUCUCGACGUGUUCUGACGACGGCACGGUGAAGGUAUGGGACUGCACGAAGCUCAUCGGCAAGGCCAACACUAACAAGUCAAGACAGACGUACAACAGACAACCAGGCAAGAUCAAGACGUUGACCUUCUGUCAGUCGUCGCACAGUAUCGCUUCCGGGUCAGAUGACGGCUCCAUACACGUCAAUAGAAUAGAAGCGAGUCCACCUAGACUAGCUCCUCUGGACAAACGACAGCUGAAUGUAAGCGAGGAGGGUGUACCAGUAGACCUGGCCCACUUUGAUACAGGUCCACAAUCAAUCCUGGUCUAUGCUACAUCGCAGGGCUAUCUCGUGGGCUGGGAUCUGAGAUCCCCUACCGAGGCCUUCCGGUUACGCAACCAGCAGAGACAUGGUAAGAUACUAAAUUCUUCUUUUUUAAAGAUUUAUAUUAAAAAAAGGAUACUAAAUUCUUCUUCAGACUCUUAUUGAUGAUAACAUGUGUGAA